AUGGAGACCACCCUGAGCGAGCUGCACAUUCAUAGAUUGGUUUUUCAUAUUCAGAGUCUGAUUGGCCUUGUCCCUGUAAAGGAUUUAGGCAUCCUCUCUGGGAAGCCAGAAUUCCUGGUUUUCCUUUGCACACUGACCAUUUCGGGAAUCGGCCCCGAGGAUGAGGCCAUCUACCAGUGUGUGGCCGAGAACAGCGCGGGCUCGUCCCAGGCCAGCGCCAGGCUGACUGUGCUGUGGGCCGAGGGGCUCCCUGGGCCCCCCCGCAACGUCCAGGCCACCUCUGUGUCAUCCACCGAGGUCCGUGUGUCCUGGAGCGAGCCUUUGGUCAACACCAAGGAGAUCAUAGGCUACGUCCUGCACAUCAGAAAGGCUGCCGAUCCUCCAGAGCUGGAGUAUCAGGAAGCAGUCAGCAAGAGCACCUUUCAGCACCUGGUCAGCGACCUUGAGCCCUCCACGGCCUACAGCUUCUAUAUCAAGGCCUACACACCAAGGGGGGCCAGCUCAGCCUCCAUCCCCACUCUGGCCAGCACUCUGGGUGAAGCUCCCGUUCCACCCCUGCUCUCUGUGCGGGUCCUGGGCGGCUCCUCCCUGCAGCUGCUGUGGGAGCCCUGGCCCCGGCUGGCCCUGCAUGAGGGCGGCUUCAAGCUGUUCUACCGCCAGGUGGGCAAGGCCUCCUUCGCUGGCCCCAUCCUGCUGCCUGGAACCACCUCUUCCUACAACCUCAGCCAGCUCGACCCCAGGGCCGCGUACGAGGUGAAGCUGCUGGCUUACAACCAGCACGGGGAUGGCAACGCCACGGUCCGCUUCGUGUCCUUGCGGGGAGCCUCAGACAGGACAGCCCUGAGCCCGCCCUGUGACUGCCGGAAAGAGGAAGCGGCCAACCAGACAUCCACCACAGGCAUCGUCAUUGGCAUCCACAUCGGGGUCACCUGCAUCAUCUUCUGUGUCCUCUUCCUCCUGUUUGGACAGAGGGGCAGGGUCCUCCUGUGUAAGGAUGUGGAAAAUCAGCUAUCACCUCCCCAGGGUCCCCGGGGCCAGAGGGACACUGGUGUCCUGGCCCCGAAUGGCAUGGCCCAGGGGGGGCACCGAGAGAAGCGCAUGGAUGCCAAGGAACUGGAGCAGCUGUGUCCCCCGGCAGGGGCAGUGGGGCAGCCGAGCCCCAGGCCUACCGACCUCGCAGGCCCUGCCGUGUGUGAGGAGACCCAGCUGUCCAUGCUGCCACUUCAGGGGUUCAGCCUUCUGGAGGGGAGGACGCCAGAGACCAUAACGGUCCCCUGUACAGACCCUGGAGCUGCCCUGCCACCCCAGGAUACAGGCCACGGCCUCCUUAGUGAAGGAUAGGCUGCCCAGCCAGCUCUCGAGGGACGAUAGCCGGUGUCCGGCUGGCUCUGGAGGCGGGGAGCCCCGCAUUCUCAGGUCAAAGGCAAGAUUUCUCCUUCCACGUGGGAGCUGGACGGUCCCGGGGAUGGCCCUGCAUUUCGGUCCUGACUGAAGGACGGGGCCCCUCUGGGAGAUGAAGGGAUCCCUGCAGGAGCCCCCAUCCCCGGGCUGAUGUCCCCUUGCUGCUGCCUGGUACCCAUGCAACUUGGAACUGGACUAAUGUUUUCCUUUAAAAAUCAAAACUGAAAGCGAAAGAAGAGAGAGGAAGGUGAAUUAGACUCCAAAAAUUGCCCCUGCUGGGCCGGGCCCGACACAGUCCCCUGCCCGACCUCGUUUUCUCAGGAUGGAUUUUGCUGUGUUAGCGCUCAGCACCUACCUCAGCCGGCAUGAAUGUCCUCGGGGAGGGGACGGCACCCUGGGCCCUGCCCCUCAGAGCCAAAUGCACGCCUACCUCAAGCCCCUCUGUGGGCUUCCCUCCCGUCCCCAUUGUUGUCCAGAGUUUUAAAAAAAAAGAAAAAGAAAAAAAAGUGCAUCCCGUCUCCAGGUGUGAAAGAAACCGUCUACCUCAAGGCCCGAAGCUCUGGCCAUGCUGUCACUGGACCUUCUUCCUGGCCCUCUUCUCUUCUGCCACUGCCCGCAGCCUUCCAGAGGAGGAAGAGUGACAAGGGGGCCAGAAAUAAAGAUGGAAUCGGUCAGAGAGAAAAUGUGAAAGAAGCCAAAAAUGAGAGGAAGCUUGUUCCUCAAAGUAUAAAUCAUCCCAAACUAGCCACCUCCCAGGCCUGCUGCCUGUGCUCCAUCUCCUGCCACCUGUCCACCCGUGUGGACCCUCCCACCUGUAUCCACCCUCCACCGGGCUCUCCAUGGCCCUUCCGGGGCUGGGGACAUCACCUGUCCCUGCUUUCUGUCCUGCAGAUGCAGGGCCUGGUGUGGGUCUGGGCCCCAGAGUGUACUGUGUGUAGAACAGCGGUGUGUGUCUUCGGUGGAGGUGCCCAGGCUCCUGCGUCAUGGGACGCAGCCACCCCGACCUGCCCACUGGACGGUGGAACCACCGCUGUUAGCAGAUGUGGCCAGGAGCUAUUUUUAUACAAGGUGUGUUUAAGGGUCAUGUUCCUGUUACUUUUUCGUUUCUCUUUUCUGUUGUGUUGUUCUUUGAACUACUUGGGUAAAGAAGAAGAAAAAAAAAA